CAACCAUUGGCCGCGUGCUGGGCGCUGUUGCGGCGUAUGUCUUCUGCUUCGACGGGUCGAACGCAGCCGCAACACAAUGGACACAGACAUGCGGGCGCCGGCGCGGUGAGGCCCAUGGUCCUCGCCGCUGCCAAAUUGCUCUUCAUACCGCUCGCGAGCGCUGCUCCGACUCCGUUGAAGCUGGUUGCCAGGCAUCUGCAUAUACUAGAAGACGGUGAGGACCUGCCCAAGGACGCCGAUGACCCGUCGUUAUGGAUCUACUUGGGGGUGGCCAUUGCCCUCGUCUUGCUUGGAGGUGUCUUUGCGGGCUUGACCAUUGCAUUGAUGGGACAAGAUGAAACAUAUCUGCAUGUGAUAGCGACCAGCGGAGAGGGCAGCGAGAAGCGACAUGCGUCCAAAGUGCUGAAUCUGCUGAAGAAGGGCAAGCACUGGGUCCUGGUCACGCUACUGCUCUCGAAUGUUAUUACCAACGAGACACUGCCCAUUGUCCUGGAUCGCAGUUUGGGAGGUGGAUGGCCUGCAGUGGUUAGCAGUACUGUGUUGAUUGUUAUCUUUGGCGAAGUCGUGCCGCAGUCCAUCUGCGUACGCUAUGGCCUUUCUAUCGGAGCCUAUUGCGCGCCGCUUGUCGUCGUUCUGAUGUGGAUAAUGUGCCCUGUCGCUUGGCCGACAGCCAAGCUGCUGGACCACCUCCUCGGAGAGGAUCACGGCACCAUGUACAAGAAAGCUGGUCUGAAGACAUUGGUGACGCUCCACAAGACAUUGGGAGCUGGGGCUGGAGAGCGAUUGAUGGAAGAUGAGGUGACCAUUAUCAACAGCGUGCUGGAUCUCAAGGACAAACCAGUCGGCGACAUCAUGACACCCAUGCAAGAUGUCUUUACCAUGAGCGCCGAUACCGUCCUGGAUGAGAGGAUGAUGGACACCAUCCUUUCACAGGGAUACUCUCGCAUACCUAUCUAUGCACCAGACAACAAUCGCAACUUCAUCGGCAUGCUGUUGGUCAAGAUCUUGAUCACUUACGACCCAGAAGACUGCAAACGCGUUCGCGACUUCGCAUUGGCAACGCUUCCCGAAACGGCGCCCCACACAUCCUGCCUUGACAUCAUCAACUUUUUCCAGGAAGGCAAGAGCCACAUGGUGCUCGUAUCAGAUUUCCCAGGCCAAGACAGAGGAGCACUCGGCGUUCUCACCUUGGAGGAUGUCAUCGAGGAAUUGAUUGGAGAGGAGAUCAUUGAUGAGUCUGAUGUCUUCAUCGACGUUCAUAAGGCUAUUCGCCGUAUGGCACCAGCUCCGAAGACCCGCUUUCCUAGCAGGACCCGUUCUGUCGUCGAAGAAGAUGACGGCAAGGAGGCGGAUGAGAACGAGCCUUUGAUCAAGAAGGAUACCACCGAGUCGCGGAAAACAAGCCUUGCCAACGGUCAGACCACAUUCUUCAUGCGUAGGAGAUCAAGCGCUGCAUCUGAUUCUACCCGCGAAAGGUCUGUUCCAGUGCGCAAGAAUACCGCAGAAAUCAGAGAGCAUCUCAAGCAUCUUGGACCAAGCAAUGCCGCAAGCAAACCCAAGCCCACCAAAUUCACCAGCGUCAAGAUCAAGCCCGGAGUUGGAACCAUUCCGGAGAACCACCAGACUACUACAGGAAUCGAUUCCGGCUCAGGGGACGCUCGCCCAGGCACGGCACCUAAUCAAGCGACCGUUGAUGAAGCGGUUGAAGCUUUGAGGUCUGGUUCGCGCGGCGCUUCUAGUGGAGCAGCGGCAGUCUACGGCACUAUGGACACGCCGCCAACCAGGCCGAGAGGUAUGAGUGGAUCCGAACAGAUGAGUGCGCAAGAAGCGAGCCGGAUAGCCAGAGAGAAUACCUCUGUGCCUCCCGAGAACCGAAUACCGCAAGAAGACGGCUCCAGUCAGAAUCAGGAAUCGCAACAACAACAAGAGGAGCGAACACAAGACCAGAAAUUGCAGGAAGAGAGCAAGCCUACAAACGAGACAAAUACAAAUUCGCCAUCCCCACUGAAGCUGACGCCAGAACUACCAGAAAAGCUGGUCGUCGGUGGUUCGGCAGCCGCUGAAGAUGACAACGAUCAGCUUGGGGACAUGCAGUCGAGCUACUCUGGUAAGAAGCGGAUGACAGCGCGAUCUGGUUCGAUCACAGAAAGCACAAUCGAGGUUGGCGGCAUGAAGAAAGUCGUUCUCGAGACCACCUCUAGUAGUGAAGACGGUCACGAGGAGACGCGCAGCCACUCUCACCGAACUUUGAAUUCCCCAGGCUCCAAGAACGAAGAGCAUGAUGAGAAAGACUCUGGUAGUGGCGGUCAUGAAUCGAAUGGCGAAAGCAGUGGCAAGAAGAAACGAAAGAAGCGUGGCAAGAAGAAGAAAGGUGGAGAUUAGUUGUCACUUCUGACUAACGAGGACAGCGGCGACGAUGAGGACACUCUCAUCGGAUCUAUCACUACAUCACGCAGUUCUACCAGCUCUUCCAUCAGCACCCAUCAGCGACACCGCAGCACAGUCAGCAUUGGCAGCGCUAACGGCGUUCAGAUCCAUAAGCUCCAGGCGAGAUGGUAUGAACAGCAGCAAUUCCGCGUGGGAGGGAGCCUUGCCGAUGAGUGCGCACAUUAUGCAUAUAUGGAACAAAAUCAGACUGUUGGCGGAAGGUGGUAAUCGGUGAGGCGAAAGUAUGUGUGUAUUUGUUGUUGUAUAGUAACUUUAGCGACGUAUGUGUGUGUGCUACCGCUACAGACAGAGCAAACAGCGCAGAGAAAAGAAAAACAAUCGAAAGCAUUUGAGGCUUUCGGUCUUCUCC